AUGCAAGCUUGCGUAUCUAGUGAAACAAUAGAGCUACAAGACUUGUACUUGUUCUUGGGGCCUUACGUAACCUUAUCCCAACUCUCUUUCUCUCUCUCUCUCUCAAAAUCAACCAUGACUUCCUACGGAGGAUACAGAGUCGUUUCCAAGGGUGCGGAAGUGCGCCUUGAAGAGGAACAGCUAAGAAAAAUUUUCGAGAAGUACGACAAAAAUGGCGAUCACAAACUGUGCAAAGAAGAGUUGAAGGAAGCCUUUAAUUACCUGGGGGCAUACAUUCCUGGAUGGAAAGCUUGGCGUAGUCUCCAAGUUGCAGACACCAACGGCGAUGGAUUCAUCACUGAGGAUGAGAUGAAGAAGCUUGUCACUUAUGCCCUCAAAGCUGGAUAUACCGUCAAGUAA